CGCGGCCAAGUUUCCUAAAUCGAACAAGUAAUGGCAUAAAAUAGAAUAUUUGUGUGAUGCGGUCAUGCAAAAACCUGUGACUAAAUUUAAAUGCGAAGGUGUUGUGUGUAGUAUUUAGUGAUAUCUGAAGUUGUGAUUGAUAUGGCGUUGAUCAACUCGAACAUUUAGGUGUAAUAGAAUUUAUUUUAUUUAUUUAGUUUAGGUAUAGUUAGUGAUUCUAGACACACAGUGACAGUGUUCAGUGACCCUUACGGUGCCCAGAAUCAUGGACAACAACAAAAUUGAAAAUUAUUCGGAUAACGAGGAGUACGAGGAAAAUGAUGUGGACGAGUUCGAAGAUGCCAAUGAUAUUAAUUUACCCCAAGAUAUGACCUUGGAACGGGCCGUGGAAGAGGCCCAAAUGGCCAUCAACUUCUUUUUCAACAAUCAGUUCGACAAAGCGAAAAAUUUGAUGAAUCCUUAUCACACAGUCUCAGUCUACCACUCUUUGGGCCACUCAGUGUUCCUCUUUCUCGAGGCGAUAUUAACAUUCGAGCAAACCUCAAUAAUAUCAGCUUCAAAAGCGCUCAAACAAUCACUUGUGGUGUGUAACAGGUUUCGUAAAAGAAACACCAUAGGCGAAUCGUUGGGUAAAAUGGUGAAGAGAACUAACUACGACCAAUUCACUGAAGAAGAGGCCCAUGCGGAGUUGUGCCACGCCGAAUGCCUCUUGCUCAAAUCAAUGCUAACCUUCAUGGAGGAUGAAACUCUAAGCAGCUUCAUCAAAGCCGGGAUUAAAAUUAGAUCGUGUUAUAACUCUUACAAGGAUUGCCAUCAAAUUCUAAAGAAGAAACCUUGGGAUAAAGACUCCAACAAACUACACUUCGAAAGUGGUGUUAAAAUGGGAAUUGGAACUUUUAAUUUGAUGAUAUCCAUGUUGCCCUCAAGAGUUAUAAAGCUUUUAGAGUUUAUAGGGUUCUCUGGAAAUAAGCAGUUAGGUUUGGAUGAUCUUCACAAAGGCUACCAAAUGGACGGCUUACGUCAAAUUUUGUGCAUCAUGACCCUAUUGGGUUAUAAUUUAAUAGUUAUGCAUGUUUUGAGUCAUCGAGAGGGCGAUGUACGAAUUUGCGAAGAAAUACUUGAGAAGCAACUUCAAAAAUAUCCUGAGGGGGUUUGGUUUUUAUUUUUCAAAGGCCGUUUAGAGUUCAUGAAAGGCAAUUUGGAUGCUAGUCUUCAGUGGUACACCAAAUCAUGGAAAUCGCAGAGUGUAUGGCCUCAAUUCCACCAUAUUUGCUUCUGGGAGAUGCUUUGGGUUCAUUGCUUAAAAUGUGAAUGGCGCGAGGCACUCGUUCACAGUUCUCAUUUAAUACAGGAGAGCCGCUGGUCCAAAAGUUUGUAUAGCUACCAAAAAGCCUGCAUUAUGAUCAUGAUCAAGGAUGAGCUCACUCAAGCUGAAAUCGAUGAAGUUAAUCGACUGAUGAAAGACGUGCCAAAAUACAAACAAAGAAUCGCUGGUAAAUCUCUUCCGAUGGAGAAGUUCGCUGUGAAAAAGUCCGAAAGGUAUUUCACUCAAGGACAACAGUUAACCGUUCCAGUUCUGGAGCUGAUGUUCCUGUGGAAUCUUUUCAAGGUCCUGAAAAACAACAAUGUAGCAAACAAUAUUUACAAGCUGGUGCAAAAGGAACUCACCACCCUGAAUGCCAACGCUUCCCCUUCGAAAUAUGACACCGAUAAUAGAGCUUUAAUUUUGCUUAUCAAGGGAGCUUGCUUGAGACACAUGGGUAGAUUACUUUUGGCCUUGGAGUGUUUUGAAGCUGUGAUUUCACUCCAAAAGGAAAUCGUUGAGGAUAACUAUCUGGUACCAUAUGCUAUUGUGGAGUUAGCCUUAAUUGAAUGGCAGAAUGGAAAAAAGGAGAAGGCUGUGUUGGCUCUAGAGGAUGCAAAGAAAAAUUACACUGGAUAUUCUCUGGAAUCCAGAUUACAUUUCAGGAUACACACUGCAUUAACAGAGUUUAAAGCUGAGUUAAAGUCAUAAGAUAUAAACAAUACUAGUUCCUUCUUGCAUUUAACUAAUCUUACAUUAUAUUAUAUAAAAUAUUCAAUUAUUUUUUGUAUAAGGCUGUGUUCUUUUAUUAUUAUUUUUUUAUUGGUGGUUACUGAAAAUCGUUAAGAAGUGCGCAGGGUGGUAUUAAUUGUUACAGUAUUUUUUGUUACAAUGGUAACUAAUAGCCUUAUAUUGCUAGCUUCUGUCUCUUUUUAUAGUACUUCGUGUCUUAUGCGCAUGUCCGAGACUUGACACAACAUUCUAUUUGACUAUCAGCAAUACAAGAGUAUUAGAUAUAUUAUUAGGUAUUUA